GUCCGGACGUUACACUGUUGAUGUUACACUGAUAUUUCCAAAUGACAUUAUUGACAUUGCGAUUGUGCGGAUAAGAUAUCAAGUAAAAAGUGUUUAAGUGUUUAUACUCGACUAUGAAUUUAUCAUAUUGGAAAAUGUUCCAUCGAAUGAGACAACGGUCUCAAGUGCCAUUGCUACAAGUAGUUGUGAAGAAUUAUAUUAACGGUCGUCGACAGUGCUUCACGGAUAAAAAGAAUGAAUCUUUCAAGACUAAGCAAGAUUCUGUCUUGCUCUAUGCAACAUAUGUUGCCACGGCUGCGUCAAUUCUAGGUAUAUCUUAUUACACCUUUCGGUAUAAGAAAAGCGUUUAUGCUCUCAGCAAAACACAGGAUGUGGAAUGCGGUAAAUUACGAGAGGAUAUGAGAACAUACACCUUGGAAGAAGUAGGGAAACAUGAUAACAAGGAAAAUCGUAUUUGGGUUACCUUCGGACAAGGCGUGUACGACAUAACAGAAUUUGUGGACAAGCAUCCGGGUGGUCCUUCGAAAAUUUUAAUGGCUGCGGGAGGCGCGAUCGAUCCUUUCUGGUCUAUCUUUGCAAAUCACAACACACCGGAGAUACAAUCGUUACUGGAGUCCAUGAGAAUAGGCAAUAUUUCCGAGGAAGAUGCAAAGUCUAACAAAAACGAUUCGCAUGAUGCAUACGUGAAUGAGCCUUCCCGGCAUAAAGCUUUGAUAAUUAACAAUCAGAAGCCUUUUUGCGCCGAACCACCGUCUCCUCUAUUGGUUGAAAGUUUCCACACGCCAAACGCAUUGUUUUAUGUCAGAAAUCACCUGCCAGUACCUGAAGUAGAUUUAAAGGACUAUACGUUAGAAUUAACGAUCGAAGGAGAAACAAAAGAGACGAUAAAUUUUGACGAAUUGAAGAGAUAUAAGAAGCACACGAUAACAGCAGCUGUUAUGUGUGGAGGGAACAGACGUUCGGAAAUGGCGAAGGUCAAGAAACUGAGAGGUCUAAGUUGGGACGUGGGUGCUGUCGGCAAUGCAACUUGGACUGGUGCGCGAUUGUGUGAUGUGUUGAAGGAUCUAGGAAUCAAUGAAGACAUGUUCAGUCACGUUCAGUUUGAAGGGCAUGAUCUGGAUCCGUCUGGAACACCGUAUGGCGCGAGCAUUCCUAUUUCGAAAGCCAUGGAUCCUAGGGGGGAUGUGAUUUUGGCUUACGAGAUGAACGGCCAACCGUUGAGCAGGGAUCACGGAUUCCCCGUCAGAGUGAUCGUUCCGGGUGUUGUAGGCGCAAGGAACGUCAAGUGGCUGAAUAAGAUUACAAUCUCGAAGCAGGAGAGCCCGUCGCAGUGGCAGCAGGGCGAUUACAAAGGCUUCUCGCCAAGCAUAAACUGGGACAAUGUGGACUUUUCCAAAUCGCCCGCGAUACAAGAAAUGCCCGUAAUAUCGGCGAUUUGCAGCCCGCAAGAUUCAGAUGCAGUCGAGGUGAAAAACGGGAAGGUCGAGGUGAAAGGUUACGCAUGGUCUGGUGGCGGCCACAGGAUCAUUCGUGUCGACGUGACGAACGACAAAGGCGAGACUUGGCAUACGGCGGAUCUGUCGGGGCAAGAUCUCAAGGCGAAGGAAGGCCGAUAUUGGAGUUGGACAUUGUGGAGCGUGGAUCUGCCCGUGGACGAGAACAGCGAGGAGACUGAAAUUUGGGCAAAAGCGGUCGACUCGGCCUAUAACGUUCAACCCGAGAGCUUUCGAAACAUAUAUAACAUACGCGGGUUGCUGUGCAACGCGUAUCAUCGCAUCAAGAUUAGAUUGAAACAAUGAAUUCCCAAUUGUCCACUUUUUAUCGGCUAUCAGUGAGUCAUUUACAAAGUCAUUUGCUCGUUGAACUUGUCUUAUGGACGUGAAAAAAGGUUCUUCGAGAAGUUUGUGGCUACUUUAUAGUAUACAUCCUUUACAGGAUGUCCCAGCACAAGGAGAACAUCUAAAUAUCUCUAUUUUUAAUUAUGAGGAGUAUUCAGAUGAUCACAAAAAUAACCGUGACGAAAGUUUCCUUCCGCGGUAUUUCUCCUUCGAAACUAUUCACAUUAUAUUCGGAUCAUUUUAUGUAUUUCUUACAUCAUUUAGAAACAAAGGAGAUAUUUAGACGUUCUCUUUGUGUUGGGGAAACCCUGUAUAAUUAAGAAUAAUCAAGAAAGGUAAAAGCGUUCUUAGGUAAAUAGGCUUAAAAGAAGUUAUGCCUCUCUAUUUUAUACCGUAAAACCGUUUCUCUCUCUCUCUCUCUCUCUCUCUCUCUCUCUCUCUCUCUCUCUCUCNAUUUUACCGUGUAUUCCGUGUGCAAAAGAAAUGACUGUGUAUCAGUGCAAGGUAGUACAAAUUAGAUUUGUUAUGUUUGUUUGUAUACACACAUACAUAUGUAUUUUUUAAAUAUUUUAUUCGAAAAUUACGUAACAAAAAUUUACAAAAAAAAAACAUUAAAUUCGUUUAACACAGAUCUUACAUUUCAAGAUUUGUACUUUACAUACUAUGUAGAAGAAACUUAUAUAUACAUGUAAGAAUAUAUCAUUCUCUCUAUCCGUAAUAUUUUGAUUUAAUUAUAAUUUCAAUUUUAAACUUCCGCUCAAGUCAUCAAGUUUGUAUCAUUAGUUGCGUUCAGCGAAACAAAGCGAAUGAUGAGCGACCAAUGAUCAUUGGUUUUUCCUGUUAGAUUUCGAAAUUUAGGCCAAUUACAUUGAUAGAUUACUCAACGGUUGUGCAACUGUCGUGUUUUUCGAACGCAGUCAUUGUAUUUGUUAUGUGAUAAACGAGAUUCGAUUAAAUAUUUCACAUGAAAUGUGUAUGCGUUAA